CUGCGCAGAGCUCGCGCGGACUAUUCAGCAAUAGACCACUUCUCAAAAAACUCCGAAGAAGAAGAGAAGUAGGUAGUGCUUCGUUGUCUCUAGACGUUGUGAAAAUAUUGGUUUCAUCUACUCUCUGUUCUAGAUCUUCUUAUUAAGGUUUACCACAGACAAUGCAUGCUUCACUACCAUCCAUGGCUCGUUUUCCAGUGGGAAAAGGCGCAGGGAUGAUCUGAAGAAUGCAAUGGCGCAAUAUCUAAUCUUUGGUGUGUGAAAGACGAGACUUUCUAUGUAGCUGAUACAUGAAUGUCGACAGUUUCCUUCCUCUUUCAACGCGUCACGUUCACACAGGUCUUGGGGAAACAUGCGCAAAAAGACGCAGAGCAAUUGAUUUGUCGAUUGUGGAGAAUUAUACGAGCAACAGCGUAUGAAGUCAAGUUAGUACUGCACAGAGGAGGAGCGAUUUUUGAAGAAGGUAGAGGUAGAGGAAGCAAGACCAACCGCAGCCACCAUUAUCGCAGAAACAAGGCUUUUGAAGGUAUUUUAUUUUUAUGAGCUAGAUUCAUUGUGGUAUUUUUUUGGGGAUAAGUCUAGAAACUAAAGUUUAACUCUCUUCUGUGUAAGCUUUCAUGAUCGCCACCACCAUGACCAUCCAUGAGAACAAGAACUACUCUCGUCCAUCAAAAAAUACUGGAAAUCCAUGCACCAAGUGCUUCAGGCAAUUCGAGUAGUGGGCUUUUCGAUCAUCAGCUACUCCUAUCAUCGCAGAAACAAGGUGGAGAGCUGGUCUACUUUUGAGGGUAUUACUGAGCUACAUUCUUUUCUGGGGACACAUUUACUAGACGCACUUCUGGAGAAGGCUUCAUGACCCAUGAUCGCCACCACGUUGAACAUCUUCGUUAUGAUCGUCGCCAAAAAAAGGAAGUAAAAUCAGAAAUACUACUACUCUCCGACUACAAACACUUCCAAUCCACCGACACCCGCAGGCAAUUCGCGCAGUGGUUUUUUGGAUACUAUACCCUAUCCCUACGGUCAAGCGCUACUGCAGUCGGGUAGGUGAGACGCGAUUUUUUUCGGCUUCGGCAAGUUCUUUUUCAUUGGUGAAGAGGAACCCAGGAGAAGAACUGUCUCGUCGUUGCUAGAUACUCAAGAGCGGUGCAAGUCUAUUUUGUAUUGGACUUGAAGAUUGAUCGCAGGCUUGUCUCAGAUACUCAAUCGUUUAAGCAUAUUGCUUCGAGUAUGUAAAGCAUGUUAAGCAUAGCGUUUUGAGUAUGUAGAGUGUGUUCACGCAUAGAGACACCCUUUCCACGUUAGUUCCACGUUGGUAUGUCUUCCCCAGUCUUCUUCUUGUGUCUUCUCCUGAAUUGAACAAAUCAAUGCGCUGUCCUACUUGUUCAGCAGGUAAGUGCUGAGCUUCGAGGAGCACGAAGGGCUGUGACAGGAGUACUCAUACGCGCACUAGCGCGAGCAUUUUCAAGAACCGACACCGCCUGAGCAGUGAGAGUCUUUUUCCCAACCAGAGUUGUGAAUACUGGGCGUGAGGUAAUGAAAUCCUGUUGAGAUAGCCACGAACUACGUUAACAAUGUCAUGCUACUUUUGAAUGAUGACUGGUGGUCUGAAGAUACUCAUAUAACCUGUCAUGCUUUUUUUGCACUGGUCUGACAGCUGUUAUCCUCCUCCAUAGACAUCAGCGAGAAGUUUUCUUGGUGUUCUAGUCUUCUCAUUUUCUUGCCAACAGCAGGUAGACAAAGAAAGGCAAAGCUCUGGAUCUCAUUUUGUGGGCGAGAUUCUCGGAAAAUUUACAUUUUGUAUCGAAGUGCGGAAAUGAGAGGCACGAAAAUAGAAUCAAGUGGAUCGGAAUACUAGACAGUGCUGCCACGAAGAGAGCCGACCCCACUAGAAUAGAUAAGGUACUGAGAAUCACUUAGCUCUCGUUUCCUCCAUCAGGUGGCGAAAGUGUGUUGCUCUUCCAUUCAACUAUUGACAUCUUGGGCUUUUUUUUCGAUUCAAAUUCAUACGUAUUUCAACCUUACACAACAAACCAGGUAGAAAACUACGCUAACACUUGUCCGAGCGGGGAGAAAAGCUUACUAAGAAGUUCUUGCCGAAUUUCUUGUGCAAAAAUAAGAAUGCACCGCAAUCGGAAUUUUUAUAUCAGCAAGCGGAAACGCGUUGCUGCGGCGAAGGGGCUACAAAUAACCUGCACGACUGCCGCAGUCGUGUCAGUGCUGUGGCUUUGCUUCCACGCUUUCGUUUCUGGUUCUGGUGUUAUGGCAAAUUUUCGUCUAAGAUACAAGUGCAGCAAGUAAGAGCAGCCGUUUUUUUAGGCGAACAUAGAUACACUUACGUCCUUUUGAAGCAUUAAGAACUGCGCAGCAGUGCGUUCAUGCAAAAUCUGGCGUGUGAGGCGAGGUGAGUGAUGAGUGCGCUACCGGUUCCCCCCUCCUCCACCAACGGCGGCCACGCGCCUACAUCGUGUCGCUGUCGUCCUAUCAUUAGUCCUGCCCAGUCAUUGCCCAGGCAUUGCCCAGUCGCUGCCCAGUCCUAUCCAGUCCUCUGUCCUGUCCAAGUCUUGUCUUUCUUCUUUCAAUGAUAGCAUCGAUCAUCAUCAGCUUGCAAGCCUUUUGCCUUCGUCUGCGCUUCAAGUCCACAAGAUCACUUCCUAGAAGAUCACUAGGCCAUCAGUCAAAUUUUCCUUCAGCGAACUCAUCAACGGCAACAAGAUGUCCAAGGAAGGAAACGCGUAGGGAGUACAACGACCAGCGGGCCAAGCGGGAAUCGAUCAACGCGCUCGAACAUAGCAGGGCGGGUGGUAACGUAAUGCGCCGCAAAACGCAUCAAGAUCGUCAGAUCGCAAACGAAAACCAGACGACCCGCCACGAAAAUCAUACGCGUCCACCACUACCAGUCAGCUUACUGGGAACAAAGCGAGGAGCUUAUGCUAUUGCGCAAGAAUCGAAGGCACCAAGUGGCCCGGUGGUUACUGUUGCGCAGCCGCUCGCCUUGAUUCAGCAGCUCUGGGCAGUGACAGAUCUCGCGACAGCGUAGCCCGUCUCGUGAAAGAGGACAGCGCCAGCGCGUGCACAAUCGACGAGGCUCACUCUGAUACUGCUUCCAACAUCGACGGCAGGCCUCUCAUCUACGACCUCGAUAAUAAGCUUUCCGCACGGGGCGCAGUGACGCCAGACACACCCGCUGUCUGUGAGGCAUGCCGCUUCAUCCCAGGGGAUUGCCAAGGACAAGGAGGCACCGUCUUGGCUGAGGGACUGACUAUACAAGGGGCCGAAGCUAGGGCAUCCAUUUGGACGCACAGCCAUGGCAUCGGCAUCGCCUGACUGGCUGUCCGGCGGCGACGUGACUGAUGCAGUAGACCAAAUCAUGAAAAGCAGCGGCUUUGCAGGCGCAAAGAGACAUGGUUAGUGCUUGAAGUUCGGCGCCACAGCUCUGCCUUUUUUCGCUCAUCUGCAUGAGAAGAAACGAAAGCGACAACUUCCAACAGCGAACACGCCGAGGAGCCCUCCGGGGUAGAGACUACCGGCGAGCGCUGUCCUACUAAAGUUAUCGCCAAGGCUGACGCUGACACUUCACUGAAAGGGGCGCAGGCUGUCAAUAUGCCAUGGGACGCCUCUCGUCGCCGCAGUGUUCGGCCUGCGAGAUGGAACUCCAGGACAGUACAGCUGUCCGCUAUUGUACGGGGAACCGCAGCCAUUUCGCCACCACAGUUGAACACAUAGCGGAUACCGCGGCGAGGGUACUACAGUCGAGCGUGACAGUGUGCGUAGAUUGAUAAGAAGUAGAGCCUGACCAUUGGCGCAGCACCCACUAUGACAACCUCAGCACGCACGUGAACAGUCAAGCCCUCGCGUCAGCCUUAGAGCUACGGCAAACUGAUGCCCAUGGUUCUACUCCCUUCUGAUCGCGCAGAAUCCCCUGGCGUACGCAAAAGCCAACAGGGCCAAGGCCGGGAGCGAACCUAUUGGCAACGCGCUUAGAUGCCCCCGCGCCGACCUAAUCAAGACGCCCGGGCCCACGCACCGUGGGAAAUUUCAAUGUGAGUUUUUGCCCCGAAGGACUCCUCGUCUUUGGGCGUUGCGCUGCUGUUCACAUCCGCCAGCCUUCUGCUUUGCAUCCCGCUAGCGCAUGGAGCUAUCAGCUGCAGGCAUCUUCGGCGGAAUCUACCUUGCCUGUCUGAUCGAGAAACUGGCCACGGCGUUGGUUCUUUGCAUUCUGAUCGGCCAAGAACGCAGCGGCGGCGUAGUAAGCUGGCUGAUCGACCAGGGCGAGCCACCACUACCUCCUUUCAAUGAAGAAACCUGGCCAAGCGAAGCAGUCAUUUGAAUGGAAAGCACUCGGCUGAUCACUGUGUCAGCACAGCGCUGAAGUGCAACGCAGACGAGUUGCUCUCGGCAGAAGUCUGGGGCUUCAUCAGCGGGACCGAAAAACAAGGCUGCGAGCUGUGCUCUGGCGUCAGCGCUUUCUGCUGCUGUGACAAGAGCAGAGGGCUUGCUUCAAGACAAACAAUAUUACCACGAAGGUCAGCACUACGCCAGGCGCUGCCCCCUCUGGCGCUUCAUCUUCAUCCGGUGCCGCCUAAAGAGUUCUUGGCUGAAGUCAGAGCGAGGCUUGCCCAUACUAAGGAGUGCCGAGGCGUCGUAGCGUUUCUGUUCUUAGCUUGGUUGAUUUCAAGACUUCGCGCGCUCUCUGCUAGCACACGUUGGGCGUUUAUUUAAGUCGUAGGCGCGGCCUCUCCUACAAACAAAAGCCGUCGGCGUUUUUUUUGCAACUCUUCGACUCUUGCUCCGUACGUCAAAGAGUCACCACACAGCCAAGCACUACCCGCACCCAUUUGCUACAGCCUCGCACGAGUUUCCCGCAGCGCCCAUCCUUUUGCAUGAGCAUGAUAGCGACGCGCGCGAUAUCAACGGAGAGCACACAGUGGGCGCAAAUGUUCGGAGAUGGGAGGAAUUAACGCAAACAGGGGCGCGCAAACGAGUGCCACGAAAACAGACGCAGCGAGCCGCAUUCAUCAGCGGCAGGCUACGAGUUCCCCGCUACGCCAACUAAUCCCGCACGCCAGUCAAGUCACCAGCUAGCGACUGCGCUAGCGCGUUCAGAAUUUCAGUACUGCUGGAACCUGGUCAAGCAGUAUGGAGAUUAGUCAGGAUUCUCCUUGUCUUGGAAGUCGUUGCGCAUAGGGUAGCCAAUCCCCUCACGAACAGAGUUAACCAAUGGCGCAAAUCUACCCCAGACAGCAGGGCCGCUGAACUUCCUGCGAGGGAAACAAGGACAGGCUGAGCAAUGUGAUGGCAAUCAUGUGCGGACAUAGGAAGUCUGGCGGCGCGUUUCGUACCCAGGGAACGAACCUGCGGAGAAUGCGCAACAAGCAAAGGAAACGCGUUUGGGGGACUGCUCUCGUGUUGGUCGCCGGACGACAAUGCCAAACCCUUACGCACCAAAUGCAGCGAGCGCCGACAUGCAUGCGGGACGUUUGAAAACGGUCGAAGCCUCAGUGCUGGCAAUUUAGUUGCUCAUCAGUCGCAGCCACAGGGACGCCGUAGACUUGUAGACACAGCUGGGCCUUUGCCAUGUAAUCUCACGUACAACACCAAAGGCAGCGCGUCUGCCAAUUUCAUAACAAAUCUCAUGACAGAAAAAGCGGGCGACGUGUCCAAGACUGCCGACACUGUGGCCAUGUGCCCACGGUUUAGCAACUUCGUCGCCAUAUCUGACCAGCGUGAACUGGCUUAAGGGGAGACCCCCUGAUGAAGGGGGAGGCAGUGCAGGAGGGCAAGAGCAAGCGGAGCGGGCUCCCCUCGCCUCCUUGGGGUCCCCUGGAGAGGUGGCGGGCGCGGGUCUGGCCUCUCUCUGCGGGGUCGAGUAGGGGCGACCUUAGAUCUUAAAGAGGGCAGCCCUCUUAGGUAAAACGGUUGCAGGGAUGAGAUGGCGACGCAUCCCGCCCCACCAAAAAAGAGAAAAGCGCGCCCAUACAAAGAGAAGGCGCGUGGCUGGAAAGUUUCCGACAAUAUCUGAGAAAAAAAAGUCGGCAACUUUCGGAAACUUUCGGCGAUUUUCGGAAACUUUCGGGGCCUUUCGGACUUCUUCAGAGUCUUUCGGGAACUUUCGGCAACUUUCGGACCUUCAAAAGCUUUCGGCACUUGUCGGAAAUUGUCGGCGCCUGUUGAUUUUUUUGCCGUCUUUUUCACCAAAAUCAAACAGCAAACCAACGAGCAAGAGACGCGGACAUUAACAAAAUCCCGCGCGGCCUUUCCUGCCACACACAACGAAGCGAGCCGCCAAAGCGACGCGCGAGCCACCGCGGCGAGCACGGUGCGAGACCUGAGAGAGAGAGAGAAAGAGGAGCACACGGACGACAAGCAGGCCACACCGGUCUAACAGUCCACGCAUGGCCCGGGUGUCCCUCCCACCCUCCGAGCCAGCUAUGUUAGUCGCCCACCCUAUGGACAUUGGACGCCUUUGCGCCACAUUCUACGCGCAUGGGCGCGCGCCUCGCUCGGUCACUCAGUCUUUCGGCCGCUGGUUCCCGCACUCCCUCUCGCGCGUCUGUCGAUCUUCAAGGCCAGGCGCUCGCCCCAGCCAACUAGGGAGGUGAGUGAUCGAUGCCCACACCCACAGGGAUAAGCUUGCAAAGAUUGGCCAGCGCUGGCUUUCUUAUAUGCUUCCACCCCCAGGCUGGUCACUCAGUCGCCCCCCCUGGUAGACUGUCUGAGCCACAGACACGGAGCGAGGCCCCCACUCAGUCUGCCAGCCUCUGCUUGUGUCUGUCAGAUUGGUCGGCUGUCUCUGCCGCUUUCAUGCUUUGGCCCUUCACGCGUGAGGGCGAGGAGGUGAAAGCGUCGACGCGUCAGGCAGUGGCGCUCAACCUUCUUUGUCCACAGAUCUCGGAGUCGUCACAAAUGCCGAGCGGGGAUCAGUAGCUAGGCAGCGCCUGGCCAUGUGCCUGAUUGUGUUCCAUUGGCGCCUAUCUCGUGCCUGUCUUCUUUCUUGUUGCGUUGGUUGCUUGACUGGUGCGCGCUCUUUCUUAGGUUGUAGACUGGCUUGGCCUUGGCUUUUGUUCUUAUGGAUGUAGUUUCCCCUCAACGAACUUGAAUAAAAGAGCAAGCCGGUGGACCGACGUGGGAGAUUAAAGUCGCGAAGAAAGACCCUGCGCACAUCUUCGGCGCCACUCUGCCAAGGCAAUACGAUACAGCGACGCGCAUGCAGAGACAGAGGAAGAGCCAGGCAACCUGCUCAGCAAAUAACGAAGGCUGACGCGUGGAAACGUAGGAGCCUCGCCCGCAAUCUCUCACGCAGUCGAUGACUUGCACCCGCUCGCAGUCUUUCGCCUGUGGUCCCUCAAUCUAUCACACAAGGCGGGGGUGAGGACUGGCAGAGAGUGAGACAGAACGGGUGGCGGAAUGCCAUGAAUUGAACGAACAAGAGCGAGAGCGAGACGGCCUCCGCGCGACUUGGAUAGAAUGACGAGGAGGACCGGGAGAGGGUAGCUACUUAAUAAGCCAGAUUGCUGCACACAUAGCCACGCACUUCCAAGCAGGCUGAUAGAGUUAGAGACAGCGCCCCCCUUGUCCAUCUCGCGCUGAUCACUCGGCGACAGUCUUGCCAUCGCUGGCGAGGUAUUGCGCCAGAGAUACAUAAGCCGAAGCACAUCGGCCGCGACUCUCCGUCGAGCGAUCACUCCGGUGAGUGGGCGGCUCGCUCCUGGCUGCCCACGGCAUCCAUCCCAGCGCCUGCCGGCUGAUAGUUGGACCGGUCUCAUUUUCAACGCGCACGCUGGGCUCACUUGGGUAGGGGGGGCUGCCAGUGCCAACGGAGGCGGAGACCGACGCCAAAACCGCCGCGCCUACUGACUGGCCCCCGCGUGGGUGUCUGCCUCUAGCUACCCACGCGCCGGCACCCGAGUGGCGUCCAUAUCCAUAAGCAAACCAGCAGCGCAACCCACGGCCAAAGGCACCACCAGGCAAACGAUAGCAGCACAGCCAGCGCCGGCCGGUGUCAAGACUGAGAGCAACGAAGCCACCUAAGCACCAGAACCAGGCGAACAGAGAGGCCCAGCCACGACACAGGCGAACAGAAAGGCGCCGCCUGCCGAUAAUAGGCCACACACACACAGCGACAAGCGUACCCUACCACGGCCGCCACCCAGCUGGGCGAACCAGUAGCGGCGCGGCUCUGCGAACCAAAUCGCAAACGCGACUGCACGAACACGACCCCCCACAAGUUCACUAAAGCGCGCACCUUACUAGCUAGAAGAACGGAAGAGCCGACAGCCAUGGGGAAACAGCAGAGCAGAGCAGGCGACUAAGAUACAAGGAAACCACCCCAGGGGUGAGAUGCCAACAAAAUGAAGAACACACACAGACCCCUAAGGACCAGGCCCCGCCUGGGGUUCUGCGUGGGUUUUAGAAGUUGCCAGCCUGCCUCUGCGGUAACUUUCGGAAGUUAGCUCUCGCGAAACAACGGAGCAGAAGAGGAAUUACCAACGUCAUCAAAUACCUCGGAGAUCGUUUUUCCGUCUUCGAGGUCGUCCAGUUGCUGCUGGGUGAUCUUGUCUUGGGUGCUCAAAGGCUGAGCUUGCGACACUGGCGCUUCUUGGGCCGCAAUCUUUUUUCUGUUGAUUGAAAGUGAGUAAGCACUUUAGUCGAAAGCCGUGCUCAGUUCGGUUGACUUAGCGCCCAGCUAGAUUAACCAAAAAGGUUAGAAGUGCAGCUGUGGGGAUGUAGCUAAAAACAACAGCGCACGGAGUGAGAUAACAGACGCACGAGACCACACGUUAGAGCGCCACUCUAUAAACAGCAGACGCCCUGCAGUCUUUACUGAUUGCCUCCUUCAAAGUUUCUUCAGCCUCUUCUUCUCUCGAUGUUGUUUCCUCGUCUCUUGUUGUUCGCUGUUCGAAUCAAACACAAGCUGGCGCAUCAGUUGGCUAGCCAAACGGUUAGAGAAUACCGCUAAAGUGUGCAGUUGAAGCACUUCACUUCCCCGCUAUUAAUCUGCCAGGCGUCCCCUUCAGGUUCGCCCUUCCUCUCUUUUUCUCCUACGUUGUUGGUAUUGUUGUUGAAGAGUGGGGAGUGAUUAGGCUGCUCCGAGAGAAAUAAGUGAGAAGCAACAGCACUUGCUGGCUUUUCAAGUGAUGAAGCAAGCCGGAAUAGAUGCGCAAUGCAACGGAGUGAGAGUCUAAAAGACUGCGCUUGCAUUAGAGUGCUUACAUUUCUACGAUUUUGCUUGAUUUCAAACAGCACGAGGGAGAAAAAAACAACAAAGAGGCAGCAGCUAAUCAAGUCAAAAGGCCACGGAGUGAAGAUAUUGACUCUGGGGAAUUUCGUCAAAACAGCGGAGGCAUGAUUGUCAGCGACAUGAGACGAACCCCAACGACAACGGCAUGGCCAAGACUCUGUGGGAAAUAGCGAGAGUCUCAGCAGCAACUCGGCGCCAGUUGCGACGUUCGAUUUGGAUGGAAUUCUCCCGCGUUCUUCUUUUCUUCAUUCCCGCAACAGCGUCGCCUCGUAGUUGCAAGAGCGGCCCUCUUCUUCUUCUUCUUCUUCUUCUUCUUCAUUCUUGCAACAACAGCGUCGCCUUCGCCUUCUUUUCUCAUUCUUCGUCGCCAGUGUUCUUCUUCUCUCAGAGCUUUGCGACUUCGAUGCGUUUCGAUCUCGGUUGAGAUUCGUUUUCUUCUAGAACGCAGGAGCCCACUUAGUUCCGUGGGCCGCCUUGCUCACUUAAGCCGCCUCUAUUUACAGUAUUUUUAUACACAUUACCUACAUGCUUGCUGGCGUUAGACUGAAAAAAUUGCUCCGCAAUUAGCCACACAAAUGAGGUCACUGAAGAAGGGGGGGCUUAGCGCUUUAUGUCUAGCAAUUAGUCGGAACAAGUUCUCACGUUUAAGGUCAAGCCAGUCACACAAACGAGGCCACUGAAGUGACGGCUUCAACUUCAAGGAAUUGCACACGAAAAGAGAAACGAACUGACUCCAAGGAAUUGCACACGAGAGGAAAGCAGAUGGAGAGGGGCGGCAAGUGGCUCCUUGUUUCGCGCCAUUCGUCGCCCACAACUCCGACGCACAGCAAUGCAAAGAGUUCGCAAAUGAACACGAAGUAGAGUGCUUCGCUUAAAUUCUUCUUAGCUUAAUGCGGCGCGUGUUUACAUGUGGCGGCGUUAAACUAAGGCGGGUUCAUAGAAGAGAAGAGAAUCAACAUCGCCCGCGGCCGGGUUGGUAGUCGUCAGAAUCCAUCAUCAUCGGAAAAGGUUCGCAAUUGCGUAGGCACUGAGCUCGAGUGCUCCUGUCAGGCUCAGGCAUCGGCAAACGUCGUUGCUCCUCCAAACCAACCAUGCCGGUAUGAGUUCCGUCUCGAGUCGUUCGUAGUUCAGCUUGAGUGACCCUUGGCGGGAGGAUGGGCGGCAGCGGAGGAGGCGCCCGCGAGUAACGAGGGAAAAGAAAAGGCUGCUGCUGGGAAGUUGUUGCGCCGCAUCCUGGUUGUUGUUGUGACGAAGGUGCUGAGUAAGGUGCUGGGCGCAGUUGGUUUCUCAGUUUGGGUGGAGCCUUGCGACGACCAACCGGAAUAAGUUGCCGCCUCGCGGUGCGGGUGAGAAUUUAUAUUCGCUGGCAGUUCUCCAGGCAUAGCCUCUAGCGGGUUACUGUUUGAUAGAACUCCUUUCCUCGCGGCUCAAGCUCUCCGGUCGAACUACAGUCGAAAAGUAGGCAAUUCGCGACUUAGUAGGAUGCUUAAUUCGUAAACUACGGGGGGGCUUGUCAACAUACUGACGCAUAUUCGCGAUUUUAUGACGUAUACUCAUGACUUCGCCAUUAGACUCUAUCACCCAUGCAACUUAUAUCAAAAGUGCGUAGCUAAAGAUUAUUAAACUUCCGCACCCCCCUCCCGCUGGUGCGUAGAUUAUUUAUCUUAUUCUGCGAAAGGUUCUAAUUAGUUUCACUCUGUGACAAGGCUAGCCAUACUCGUACGCGAGGCAUACCUAGAUCUAGGCCAGAUCUUACGCGAGUCGUAGUCUAGAACCAUGGCUGGACCAGCCUCGCCUUCGCCGCACUGUCGAACCAUCUACAGGCUGGGGCGAUUAUUCGGCAUCUAGAGAUCGCCCUAGAGAUCGCGGAGUGAGUAUCUACCAGACUAGAGAGCUCAGGAGAAAGCAAAAGAUCACCCCACUCCAAAUGGUGCCAGAAUCCAAAUGGUGCCAAAAUAGAAAAACUCUCAGAUCUGUAACAAGAGUUCCAGGUCUUUAUUGGGAAGGACUCAUCGAAAUAGUAAAAGAAUAGCUACUGUCUUACCGAAUAAAAGAGGUUCGAGACCGCUCCACUAAGUAGCAUUCGCCUGAUCUUACAAAGCUGCGCUUUGAUCUCUCACCUACUCGCUCGCUAAGAUGUCAUGGCUAAAGGCUCGCCAUCUGACUCAUUUAAUAUCUUUCGGAGAAGACUGAGCACACAGAUGGCAUAUAACUUGGGGCCAUGCGCUAUGUGAAUACAAAGGAUAUCGGGCGGAUCAUUUAAGAUGAAGGGCUGCCUAUGUUAUCCUCGUCAUUAGGCACCUGCCCAAGAGACAGGAGACAGGGGAGGUCGCGUAGUCAUCCGCUUAUAGCGUUUGACUUCGCAGGUUGAUUGUGUAUUGGGGUGCCCAGUCACAAUCCAUAAGUACACGCAAAGCAUUGCGCAUUUUGUCCUCGUCAUUCGUAUUGAUCAAGACUUUUCAAGAUUUCAGGCUGAGCAAGGUACUGCGCUCAGUCAUCCGCCUAUAGCGUUUGGCUCCGCAUUUGUGUCGAUUGUGUAUUGGAUAGCCCAGCCACAGCCCGGCAGUGCAUUUAUUUGCGACAUUUUUCGGGCGAGAAACUUUGGCGAUGCUUUUGCGCUACGUUUGUUGCUAUUGAAUAUUUGCGCCGGGGAUAGCCCAUAUUUAUAGACGCGAGGCGCAGACCUUUGCUUUCUAGGCCGUGUCGCCUAUUAGGAACUCGCCCCCGUCUUAAUUUGUUUAAGUUGUGUUUUCUUAAUUGGUUCAAGUGGUGGAGAACGAUGCCGGCAACUAGUGCCAUACUUAGAGUAGUAACGCAGCUAAAAGAACGCUGAGCGUAGUGCUUGCAUUACUGAAGCCCUAAAGCUUUGCUGUUGUAUUACAUAACUUACGUUGGUUGUGAGUCUAGCCAGCUCACCCCGUUGAUUGUAAUACAUACCAUAGCGCUUUCGGGUGUGAUAGAGUUUAUCCAGGCGCCUCGGCGGACAAGCGGUUAUCUCGACGCACUAUAUAUAGGCUUGGCUUGCGCCUUUUCUACGAUCGAUAGAGAUCAGUCUGAUUUAUUUGCCGACUUAUAGUUUCUUUUUAAGAGUGCUAUCUGUUCUUGGCAUAGUUUGCAUUUGUGUGUAUUGUUUGCGUUCUUCUUUGGCCGCCUCUAAUAUAUAAGUAACUGGCGAUAUAUUGUGGGUUACCGUGACAGCCUAUAGCUUCUGUUUAAGAGUGCCAUCUGUUCUUGGCAUAGUUUGCGUUUAUGUGUAUUAUUUGCAUUAUUUUUUGGCCACCUCUAAUAUAUAUUUGAUGGCAUAUUUUGGGUUACAAAUAGAAAAGAAACUGAAAAGAUGCACAAUCCUGGGCCGACGCCUUUGCGUGAUUCGAUGCGGAGCCCAUUCGUCUCUGAUCUGACUCUCCCGAUGAGUCACGCUGCGGAGGAUCGUAGCGGUGGCGCAGACACGAAGCAGAACGAUGCCCACCACCAGAAGAGCAUAAGUCUGGGAAAUGUGCCGGAGCUACAUUUGGAGCACUGGAAGGAGAUGACUCGCGAGGACGCUCGAAGGGAAGCAAGGCCCGAGUUUGCAAAGGCAAUUUCAGACAAUAAAGCGGAACUACAGCGCCAAAAGAACGCGAUCGGUGGGCUUCUGUCACGACUACAGGCCCGACCCUCUAGUGUUGUUCGCGGCUUGGCUGGGGAUUCGAGAGCGCCCGCUGCUGAAUUUGGGCCAAAACGUCCGGAGCUGCGGGAAGGUGCUGCCGCGAAGCGCCUGGUGACGAUCGCCACGCGGAUAGGUUGGCCUCGGUCAUUUAAAGUGCCGACUUUGAGCCGGUUGCGGAGCCGAAUCGAGAACGCCUACUGGGAGCGGCUGGCGAGGCCGCGGAUCCUCCUGGGCCGCCGUGUUCUCCUUUGCAGAGUCAUCCACCGCGUCGAAGCUCGAAGACGUGUCAAGCCCACCGGCCCCACUUGUGCGGCUCGAAGGACUUGAAAGACGGCGCUUAUCCGGGUGAAAGCCAUUGGGAUGACCCCGGUCGCCUCCGUUCACCCCUCGAGGACCUCCGCGAGGAGCGGAGCGUCCGAAGUGACCCUUUGAAAGACCAACUUCUAGAAGAACAGAGGACAGCUGUGCCGUCAAGGAAAGAAAUGGCGUGGCUUGCGAGGGAGUGGGGUGACUGGUUUGCUGAUGCAGUCAAUUCUGGCUCCCCAGUAUGGGUGACGGGUGAAAAGCGGCCGGGGGACCUGCGUGAAGGUUAUUUAUUUCCACGCGUCGGCUUUCUCUGCCCUCAGAACAGCGCAGAACUGGCAAGCCUUGAACUUCUGGAACAGUGUUUGGAUCGCGCAAGUGCUACAUUGAAGACAAGGCACGGAGCUACCUCUUCAAACGUGUUGGGCUGUCUGCGCGGAUCCAUGCUUGGGGCCGCAUUGAUUUGCCGCAGGGCGAGCCACUCGCAGUGAGCGGAUGGGGCAUCACUUGGGGGGCUCUUCUGAGAAGUCUCCACGACUUUGGUCAGCUGCCUGGGAUGGGUUUAAGCAGCGAGAAGCUAAAGAUCCUUACUGCAUGGGCAGCAGUUCGAUUAGGAUUGAGCGCGUCUCUGUCGGGUAUAAGGGCAGGGCGUCACUGUCGCCUGGUAGUGGUGCGGCGUACUUGUCUCCCGCGGUCCCGCAGCAGAAUAUAUUCAGACGGACGCGCGCACCCGAUGGAGCUGAUCGCCUUGGUUGGCAGGUUGUCAGGCCUAGUAAGUCUUGUGGGCGCACGCAUGUCCCAGAGCGCGCUGACGUCCUCAGGAGGCGCCAUGAGGCCGACCCUCCAAACUCGACCGAAGUGGCAGGCUCUUUCGUUAGUUUUUUCUCCCGCUGUCCUUGCAACAGGCGCUGUCUGCGGAGGUGGCGUGGGAGCACGAGCGAGAGAGAGGCUUGCUCGAGAAGGGCUGCAACCGAUAGAGAGGCCCGAGGUCCGAAGCAGGAUGCCGAGACUAGAAAAGAAUGCCACAUCAUGAAGCGGCCCAACGGAAAAACAAGCAAGAGCCUGCUGUAGCGACACCGUUUGGGCGCGUCACCGACGGGACUUUAGCCGAAAGACCCUGGUCGCUGCGGAGGGCGUUUGAGGCUCCCGCCGCACUUCGCUCUCCUACAGUUUCACCACCAGCACCGUGCCCGCGGCGAAGGUUCCUGAUCCCGCCGCCGACGCCGUCGAAACGCAAACUGUGUCGGCGUUUAGAGGUUGCCCCGGGGCACGUUGACGCCCUCAGGAGGCGCCACGAAGCCGACCCUCCAACCUUGACUGAAGUGGCAGGUUCUUUCGCUAGUUUUUUCUCCCGCUGUCCUUGCAGCAGGCGCUGUUUGCGGACGAGGGGGCGUAGGAGCACGAGCGAAAGAGAGGCUUGCUCGAGGAGGGCUUCAACCGAUAGAGAGGCCUGAAUGUUCGACGCAGGUCGUUACCAGCAAGCCGAGUCAAGGACUGACAUUGAUGGGGCCGACCUGGAAGACACUUGGGACGAGAGCGACGCCAGAACGGAUAUAGCAGACGAUGACGACUCUGCAUUUGGUAUAGGAAUAGGGCGCAAAAUAGCCCGAGGCACAUUUGCGGGGACUUCGCCAGAGGUCGCUACUCCUUUCCCAAUAAAUAGGACCACAUCAGUAGACUCUUGUUUGACGCGUCCAGCUUCCGCUUCGCCGCCUCAGAACUCUAAACGAACCACGAUCAGACGACUUCGAGAGGCUUUGGAAGAUUAGGCUGUCUACGGAGGGCGCGUCUAAGUUCCUUGAGAUGCGCCCUCCUUUCGAAGCGAUUGAGGAAGAAAGCUCUGGACUGCGGAUUAGCGGCAGUGUAGUCAUUGCCUCGCUUCUGUUCAGCGACACUCAGGAGCUGGCGGAAUUUUUCCACCCACGUGGCAGCAGCGACUUGCUUGCCUUCCAGAAGAAGCGAGUUUUGGAAGAAUGGGCUAGGAAAGCUGUCCACGCAGGGAUCUGCGUAGACGCAGGGCCGGCGAAAGUUGAAGACGAAGAUGACGCGGCAGCGCAUGAGCUGGCACGGCUACGAUGUGCGCAAAUUCAGGCAGGGCGCCGGCGUCAUUAUCUCAACGUGGAGGCGCACUCCACGGAAAAGCUUGGGCUUCGCUGCGACCCUGCUGACGAUGCAGGACUCUCUCUAUAUAAGCGAUGGCCCGAGACUUCGAGGCUCUCGAAAAACCUCUCCCGAGCUUAGUCAGGUUGGCCCUGGAGGAAAGGAAGCGCAGAGUUCCAGAACCAUUAUCAAACCGAAUUGCGGCAGCAGUGGCGCUGCCACGGAACGGCGAGCGGCCCGGUUAUUCUGUUGGCAGUAUUUUGCCAGAUUCCGGCAGUGCCGUCUCCAGACAUUUAUACGGGAACUCUUUGGGAGAUCGAGACUAUUUUGAGGGCCUUGGAGUAAAGACCCAGCGCGACAUGAAUAAGGUCGAAUGUGCCGCCUUUGGUUCACCAUCGGCAGGCGUCCAGCAAGGACAGGAGUGAGGAGUGCUUGAGUAUUGUGGAGCACCUCUUGCCUUUGCGGGGUACGAUCUCAAAGAGAACUGCGCGCCCCUUUCAAAAGGACUCCCAGCCCCUUGCAGCGUUCUGCCGUCAAGGUUUGUUUCGAUAUGUCAAGACGGCAGCAACAACUGAGGACGCUGCUAACGGAUCGAAAUCCUCAUGGCUGAGAGAACCAGGGAACACUGACGAACUUGAGGAUACCACAGGCAAGACGCAGCAAUCGCAGCAGAGUGAUGGAAGUGAGGAGUUGCCGGCGCUGUGUCGUUUGGGCAGGGAGACUCUGAGCGUGACAAAAUAUGGUAGAUUUUCCGAAGUCAGACCUGAAGGCCUUGAAUCCACUCCAGACCCUUUGGUCGCGCUUCUCUUUCACUCUGCAGGUGAAGCAGAUAAGGACGCCCCAGAACACGCCAAGGAGGCAGCUGAGGAACAUGCCAAGGAUGCGACCGAUACUGAUAAACUUCGGGACGAGUUCGCCCCAAAGUUCUCAGUUGCCUGGGGGGCCUGGCAGUUUCUCACUUUAGUAGUCCAGCUCCUGCACAGGGUGGCGACCCCUAUCCUUCGCGUUGCAGCUGUUGAGGGGUGUGCUUUCCUUCGACUGGCUACGAUCCGUCAAGGCCGUGCGCUUUGUUGGACUUGAUCACGCAAAAGGUUUCCUUCAGUUCCUACCCUACCCCAAGGCGCAGAAGUUCGCCGCACUUGGUUACGGCGCUAAGGUUCUGCGUCGCUGCGGAUGUUCUUGGGGCUCAUGGGAGGAUAGUCGUCGAGGAUGAUGCACCUUCUAGGGGGGUGAUUUUCGGGGAUAAGAUAUCGCCAUAUUACAUCGCAUCUAUCUCGAUAUAAAAAGAAUUGGGAUUCUAGACUAGAUUUUACAGCAGUACAGGCUAAAUUUCUAGUAGUGUUCCACAUUGCUUGUAUCUUCCCGAGAGGUUGCAGCUAAUGCGCCAGAUUUUAUAGUAGUACAGACUAAGUUUCUAGUAGUGCCCCACGUUGCCUGUAUCUUCGCGAGAGGCUACAGCUACGCUAGCACGGUUUUGAUCUUUUGUUAAAUAGCGGGCAGCUCUGUAAUCGCAACUUGUUCACUUCCAGGCAGUCCUGCCCUAAAAGCAAACUUCGCCAUUGUGUUCUUAAGACAUCCGCUGGAAAAUGGAAUGGCCUGCCAAUUGUUUAGGCAAAACAAAUUUUAGGAAAACACAAAAAAAAACUUCACAAAUCGCCAAGCGUGUUGACAUAGAGAGGCGCUGAGGCUUUAUAUUCGCUGGCAGUUCUCCAAGCAUAGCCUCUAGCAGGUUACUGCUUGAUAGAACUCCUUCGCUCGCGGCUCAAGCUCUCCGGUCGAACUACAGUCGAAAUAUAGGCAACUCGCGACCACGUAGGACGCUUAGUGCGUAAAUUACAGGGGGGCUUGUCAACAUACUGGCGCACAUUCGUGAUUUUAUGACGUAUAUUGAUGACUUCAUCAUUAGACUUCAUCACCCAUGCAACUUAUGCCCAAAAUUCGUAGCUAAAGACUAUUAAACUUCUGCACCCCCCUCCCGCUGGUGCGUGAAUUAUCUUAGCCUGCGAAAGGUUCUAAUUAGUUUCACUCUGUGACAAGGCUAGCCAUACUCGUACAAGAGACGAGACGUGCCUAGAUCUAGGUCAGAUCGUACUCAAGUCGUGCUCUAGAAUCGUGACUAGAUCAGCCUCGUCUUCGCCGCACUCUAGAACCGUCUACAGUUUGGGGUGAUUACUCGGCACCUAGAGAUCGCCCUAGAGAUCGUGGAGGGAGUAUCUACCAGACUAGAGAGCUCAGGAGAAAGCUAAAGAUCAUCCCGCUCCAAAUGGCGUCAGAAUCCAAAUGGUGCCAAAAAAGAAAAGCCUCCAGAUCUGUAACGCGCGCUCCAGAUCUCUACUGAGAAGGACUUAUCGAAAUAGUAGAAGAAUAGUUACUGUCUUACCGAAUGAAGGAGGUUCGAGAUCGCUCCACUAAGUAGCAUUCGUUUGAUCUUACAGAGUUGCGCUUUGAUCUCUCACCUACUCGCCCGCUAAGAUGUCAUGGCUCAAAGGUCGACACUUGACCCAUUAUUUAAUAUCUUUCGGAGAAGACUGAGCACACAGGUCGAAUAUAACUUCGGGCCAUGCGCUACGUGAAUAGAAGGCAAGCGGGCUGAUCGUUUAAGAUGACGGACUACCUACUUUAUCCUCCUCGCUAGGCAUUUGCGCAAGAGACUUCUUCGCAUUGAUCAAGACGGACGGAGACAGGAGAGGCCGUGUAGUCAUCCGCUUGUAGCGUUUGACUUCGCAGGGUGAUUGUGUAUUGGAGUGCCCAGGCGCAAUCCAUAAGUGCGCUUGACUUCACACCAUUUGGCUUCGCAUUUGUUUGAAUCGUUUGACUUCGCACGUGUUUGAACCAUUUGGCUUCGCAUUUGUUUGAACCAUUUGGCUUCGCAUUUGUUUGAACCGUUUGACUUCGCGUCUGUGCUUUGAAUCAUUUGGCUCCGCAUUUGGUUGAUUGUGUAUUGGGGUGCCCAGUCACAAUCCAUAAGCGCACGCAAAGCAUUGCGUCUUGUAUCCUCGUCAUUCGUAUUGGUCAAAACUUUUCAAGAUUUCAGGUUGAGCAAGAUACUGCGUGCAUUCGUCUGCCUAUAGCGUUUGACUCCCCAUUUGUGUCGACUGUGUAUUGGAUAGCCCAGCCACAGCCCGGCAGUGCAUUUAUUUGCGACAUUUGUCGGACGAGAAACGUUGGAGAUGCCUCUGCGCUACAUUUGUUGCUUUUGGGUAUUUGUGCUGGGAAUAGCCCACAUUUAUAGACGCGAGACGCAGACCUUUCUAGGUCGCGUUGCCUAUUAGGAACUUCUCCCCGUCUUAAUUUGUUUAAGUUGUGCGUUCUUAAUUGGUUCAGGAUGUAUUUAGGCAUUGCGAUGUCGUUGGAGUUAACAGCUGGUUGGUUGCAAGCUUUAGUUGAAGAAGAGCUUGUUGUUCCUUUCGCCACCUCCAUUGCGUCCUUGCGGUUACAAAAAGAAAAACUGUGAUCGUUUUCCGCACUCAUAUCUAUCGCGAGGCCGCCUAAGUCAAGAAAGGGCUAAGCACGGCAGCAACGUUCUUAGUAAAGCGAAGACAACAGAAGUCAGCUUGUGGGAGAAAUUGCAAACGCAAAAGACAAACUCUACUGAAGCUAGUAACAGCCCUGCAAGAAGGAGAGAGAAGCUACUUCGUCGCUCUUUGGUUGACGUGGUAGGUAAUAACUCCAUCGCGACGCCUGUCCCUGAAGCUUUAGAAUAGAUAGCACUUAGACUACGCCGCGUCUCGUGCAAAUGUGGGCUGUUCGUCAACCAGAUUUAGCAUUUAAGACAACAAACGUGAUCGCUUUAGAGGUAUAAUUUUAAGCAUCUACCACUCAAUGCUUAUGCGCCGUUUGGUUUUCUUAUGCGCAGCCGUCUCAGUUCAGUAUCCUAGAUUUUGUUCGGGCCUCACCUUGCGGGUCGCAACUUAAUCAAUAGGCAGCAGAGCGCGCGAGCUUUGCGUCUAUAUUUAGUUUACUUUUUUUAAGCGCGCUAUGUGAGCCAGCACUGAGCGUGGAAGCGGUUUCACCAGUGGCGCUCCCGUCUCAGUAGCGCAUACGCGGAACCAGCGGCCUGGGGUGCUUCUGUUUGUGAAGGUGAUCGCGUCGAAACCAGUUGAGGCUCUGCACGCGUUUCGGACUCGUACCACGCGGCCGGCUGGCGUGUUGCUGAGCGGCAGAGUGUGCGCCGGAACGUCUGGCAAAAACUGGCUCGCUCUCGCCAUUUCUUUGAGGUAUCGCGCUGGCAGUGACGGAAAGUCUUUUAAGAGCAUGCCGGUGCUACUCUCUAAGCCUGCCCCUUCGGGCGAAAUCAUGUUCGGCGCUGGGAAGCACACAUCUAGGGCUGCGAUUCGAGCGCGGUACGAUCCGAAGACGUCACUCGCAGCCAGUGUUCGUCUGUAUUGAGGCUUGAGGGUAAGCGAGCCCUUGCCGUGUCCAGCAUUGCGCUGGGAGUUUGCUGGUAGUUACCUCCGCGCCAGCUUGUAGAUCAACUUCGUUCGUCAUUAAACGCGUUUCAACAACUUCAGGAGACGCUUCCUGAUCGUCCUUCUGUGCUUUGUUCAGUUGUUUAAGUCCGUCGUGCCUCAGCGCAGCGCGAUAGUUAGGCUUUUCAGCCGAGUCAGCAAACCGCUGAAGCGAUGCGAUCAGAGCUAGACUGAGGCAGGCCGAACCAAGUCGGGAGCUUGUUCUUAACCUCGCUCAUGAUGUUGACCAGUUGUGUUCCGGCGCAGUCAAGACUGUUGUCUAGAGUGUACAAUCGGCGCCAGUCGUGAUCGAACGGAGCUAGUCCACGUAGGCGCAUCGCGUUCGGCAUGCUCUCGCCCUUGCAGGUGACCUCGUGCCUCGCCGUAGCUUGCAACUGCCCGCGCGUCUGUCCCAGCCGCAGGGGAAUCUCUUCCAGUGCGUGCCGAAGCUUCUCAGUGACCUCGUCGGCUUGUGGCGGGUGCGGGUCGUUACUAGGCGGCAGCUGGGGGCUUGAGUAUCCAGCGGUGCGGCGCGGUUGCCGGUUCGUUUCCCGAGGUCGGCUCGUCAGCGCGAGUAUUAGUAGAUGUCGGAGCGGGAGUUGGGUCAGCUGGUCUUCUGGCAGACGGAAGCUGAGGAAUGGGAGACGAGCUCGCACCUAGUAACUAGGCUAGUUGGCCAAUGGCCGGAAGCUGCAUGCUGGAGGACGAACUCGAGCGGCGGCGUCUCCUUAGUCGCGGAGGGGGAGGCUGCCGGUAGCUUUUCGCGCGCGGGAGUUGAGGUCGCGGAGUAGAGGGCGGGCUCGCCCUUAACCGAUCCGCGGCAGCUGCAGCUCGACGGGCCAUCUCUUGCCUUGCUUUUUCAGCUGCUGCGUUCUUGGGGACCAUAUUCGUGCGAGUGCAAGCCUCCACGUGCAUAAAAAUGAAUCCCAAUGAACGGGCGUGCUCGUUCUGAAAUUAUACCUAUGCCCUUUCGGUCGUGUCAGUCAAAGUCUAUCAGCCUUCAGCCGCUGCCUGUGUUUGUGAAGUGUUGCAAGCCUUGGAAGCAUGAAGCUACUGGGCCCUGUGCUAAGUUCUGGCGGUGUGGUGCUGAUAGAUGGCAGCCAAUGUUCAAAGGUGACGGGAAAGCACUUCAGUGUGGGAAUGGAGGUCAAGUCCGUCAGUGCUGGACUGGUGAAGUGCUUUCAGUGUAAGAAUGGAAGUCCGUCAGUGCUGGAAUGGUAAAAAAGACUCAGUGUGGGAAUGGAAGUCCGUCAGUGCUGGAGUGGGGUCAUGUCAGUGCGAUCCGCAAAUCCGUAAAAGUUUCUAUGUGCGAUCCGUAAGAGUUUCAGCGUUGAUAGUGUAUGUCUGUUCUUGCUGGAAUAGGAUGGAAGCGCGAGCCGUAUCCCUUUGCGCUAGGUCAGUGCUGGAGUGUCAUGAGAUGCAUGCGCGAUCCGUAAAAAGUUCCAAUGUGGUGAUGUCUGUUCUUGCUGGAAUAGGAUGGAAGCGUGAGCCGUAAAAAAUUCCAGCGCGAUCGUGUUUGCUUUUUCUUUGUCUGUGGAUGGAGGUGGGCGAUUUAUUGACUCGCAACGUUAUAUAUCGCUAGCAUAAGCAUUUGCCUACAACUGGUGGAAAAUAUUCAUGGCUGGUGGUGGGUAUUUAAGUCCGAUUGGGUGUCUUGUGUUUAGAUGUACUACAGCAGUCGCCUGAAGAGUAUCGCCAUCACCUUAGCACGGGAGUGCAGUCACGCUUUACAUGUGCUACAGCUACACGCCACGAGCUUAACGCAUCUUGAUGCUUAUCUAGAGCUUGUUGGCCUCAUUUGGUUGGUCUUGUGUUUGUGUUUGGAUGCAGUGGACAGCCCCUGCUCAUGUACUCGGCUACACCUUAACACAGACGAGAGAGAGAGAGCGCAAGCGUGUCCUACUGGUCUCACCGGGAUGGUCAAAAACAAGAACGCCGGGCGGGUAAAGCGUGACCCAGGAAGUCCAGAAAUCAACCAACAUCACGAAGGAGGGCCGACCAGCCGGCUCCACUUAGUUUCUCACAUCAUCCGACGCCUCUUAUUAUUCUACUUAUUGGCGAAGUGCGAUCUGGCGCCUCUCGUUUUUCUGUUGUCGCAUGUGCUUGGUGUCCAGUCGCAUGCACAGGCCUCACGCUUCUGGCAAAGUCUCAGAGGUAGCGCGACGAAUGGCGCCACUCUCAUCCCCGUGGGCUGACCUGUCCCACCCCUCACACAGAGAAUGGGCGCGGGCUAUUAUUCAAAAUGGGCGAUCCUUGUGCUACGGCGAUCCUUGUGCCUUACAGCAACGGCCGCGGUGGGUCCUUGGCUUCCUUUAGUCGACGGCACCGGUGCGGGCGGCGUCGUGGGCUGAGUCCCUCGGCGUGAGGCCUUCGCGUGCGGAUCCUCGUGGGCCCCUCUCGUCGUCAUGUCUUCGCCGUGUUCUCAAGUAUUCUGGUUGGCCUCAGUCUGACUCGUCACCUUUCCCUCGCCGUUUUUUUGCUCUUCUUUCGUCUAUCUUCGCUUGUCAUAGUUUGCCACUUUUUGACAUAUUUCGACGCCCCGGCGCCUCGCGGAGGUCCCGGGAACGACUAUCGUAAGGUGGAGAGACAUACCCGAGACGAACCCAUCCGCGGAGGCUCACUCUAAUGGCAAGCGAGCUUAUCUAAGGAGGGGGAAAGUUCUUGGAUUUGGUCCAGCCUUCUUCAUGUCUUUGGGUCAGCCUUCAUUUUUGCCCAGCGACGCUGCAGCGGCAGAUGGUACUGCAUACGGACGCACAAUAGGGGGGCACAGGUUCUGGGGCCUCUUUGAGGAGGAAAUCGCGGACGAAGGCACCAACCUGCGCGAAAGUAUAACGCCGCUGCCACUGCUAAGACUCGCUGAACAGGCGGGAGGCCACGCCGAUCAGUGGGGAGAUUUGCACUCUCUACGCUGACAGCCCCACGACAGCGCGAAAAACUUGCGACCGUGGCUCCUUUUCGGCGCCUCUCCUGAAAAGCAUCGCGUUACAGCUGGGGGGAUUUUGUCUAGCAAGGGGCACCGAGCCCAUUUGGGCCAAGAUUUUUGGAGACAAAAACCCGACCGCGGACGCGCUGCCACGCUUCGAAGAUGAGACAGGCAUCAUCGCAUACCCCAGGCCACGCCGCAGACUCGCAAAUCGCGCGUGGGGUGGGCGCACGUUGUCACGAAGCUCCCAGGGCUUCAAGCUGAGGCCUUCACCGAUGUCAACCGGCCUGACAUGGCCAGACUGCCGCUUCGCUUCUCCGAGGCUUGCUCUCCAUUCCAGUCGCGCGAGGUGCUAGCGAGCGUUAAAUCCUGGCGGUUCCCGCCGAUGCGUCUGGCUUUCAUAGCACUGAAACUCUUGCGGAAGUUUUUGCCAGGGCUGACCGACGACGAGCAGCCAAGACCUGCUGCCAUGGUGCCAGCCAUGGGCUUCAAAUUCGCCGACUUGUGGAAAGGAAGAGACUACAUCACGCGGCCACCUUUAGGAAGGGCAGAAAGAUACGCAGAGGCUACGGGGCAGCAGCUGACAUUCAUGACGAGGGUGCUUUCAUGGCCUUCACUGCGGUACCCCUUCACGCUUGGAAUACGCCGAGGCGGCAGUCUUCUUCUGUCGGGCUGUAGAUGGGCAAGCCCAUAAAAAGCGCGAAGCUCGAAGCCUUCGCUCCACUUCGUGGCUCGGGUAAAGUCGCGGACAUCUGUCACGUUACAGAAGAGGUCGCUCUCCACCUUUCUGCCACCACCGCACACCGGCCAAAGGGGGCGGAAGCUAGCAUCUGCGCGACCCACCCCAAGGCAGCGCGCUACAGUCGGCCUCCGUUAGAAAAGAAGCUGGGGGAUUUAUACACAUUGGGAAAAUCAUGCCCGCACUUAUCGCCAUUGAAGCAGGGCCGCCGGCUGAUAGAGAUGGCCUGGACUCAUAUUGCCAGCGUCUAUUGCGAUCUCGCCAGGUUCUUCAUGGCGUUGCCUUUCACUGCGCACAUUGCCUCGCGGCGCUCAAUCUAUUGCGAAGCCUUUUGACAUCGGUGCAGAGCAAAACGAUGGCCGAGCCACAGACUACGCGGCGGUAGUUGAUAAAUUCCAUACAGCCCGGACGAGUGACGAACUUGAGCAUUCGACUGAAGACGUACCCAGCCCCGGCGAAGCGUUGAGAUUUCUUUGCAGUGGAUCUCGCUUUGGUUGUCGUCACCAUUCGCGUCGCGCUCUGUCGCCUUUCGGGCGUAUGUUCUGGCGACGAGUCGGCAUCGUCUUGGGCUAGCCUGACGCGCUGGCCGCAGGGCAAAUUAGAAGACGUGCGCUGUGGUGUAGCUAAGUCAAGUUGAAGCAUUGAGAACUGCGCAGCAGUGCGCUCCUUAUGCAAAAUUUGGCGUGUGGAACGAGGUGGGUGAUGAGUGCGCUAUCGGUUCCCCCCUCCUCGACCAACGGCGGCCACGCGCCUACAUCGUGUCGCUGUCGUCUUAUCAUUAGUCUUGUCCAGUGUCGUUGCCCAGUCACUGUUCAGUCACUGCCCAGUCCUAUCCAGUCCUCUGUCCUGUCCAGGCCUUGUCUUUCUUCUUUCCCACCCGCCACAUCCCUCUCAACCUGCGCCCUGUCUCUCUGGGGCUCGGAAUUAUCUGCCCCGCCCUCCCUUGUCCCAUUCCUCGGUCCUGAGCGAACAAGCUUCAGUAUGACACCCCCACGUCCGCCAGCCCAGCUUCUAUGAUGCCUUUGGUUUCGAUCUGUUGUGGUCACCAUUGAUUCGCGUCUCGCUCUGUCGCCUCUCGAGGUCGAGCGUAUGUUCUGGCGACGAGUCGCCACUGUCUGGUCUUGGGCUAUCCUGGCGUGCUGGUCGAAGGGAAAAUUAGAAAACGCGCACUGUGGGUGUGGUGUAGCUCAGUCAAAUUGUUACUGUUUCUAGCAGAACAAGCUAGAACGAGGCAAAGGCGUCCCCGCCUCGUCUUAUCUUAUCCUAGAACUAGAAGAGCUGGAGGCAAGGGCCCUUUUCUUACUUAUUCCACUAACUUGCACCUAUCUACAUGAGGAACGUGAAGGAAACUAUCUCAGGACUUUACUCUGAGCAUAAUAAAUUGGCAGGAAGAUGGCCCAUUUUUCAUUACCUAGCAAUCACUUUAGAAAUACUUCGGGGGAGCUAGAUAAGCUGUACCUGUAGGCAACUUUGUGCUUGUGGGGAGAGUCCCUAGAAAGACUUCGACUCUUUAUCGUGGGAAACAGCGGAGAGGACUUUGGGGCGAGUUGGCUCGUCUGUCUUGUUUAUACCGUAGCAGGCAGCCUCUAAUCUAGAGCUACUAACUUACAACUACUACUACAGCUAUGCAUCUGAGGUCUGUGCUCUGCUUCUGGUUCUGUGAAGUUUUUUCUGAAAAGAAUUUCUAACAUUGGCGCAGAGACGGAUACUGUGGACGACCCUGCUUCGCCUUUCUCUCGUCCCUUAUUCAAGACUGGCAACAAGACGCCGACCAUCUACGAGGACGGUGGCACUAAGGCUCAACAAAGAGGAGGAUGCUGGUAGACCUAAGCUCAGCCUUGGACUUCUUAGGCCCUUAGAAUUAUUGACCUGUCAGAAGCAGCGUCGCUCAUAGGUUCUUGAUGAAAGGGCGGGGCCUCUGUCAUUUUUCAGAUCGUUGGAAGUAGCUAGGUGAGAGCUUCGCUCUUAGUAUUUUCUUUUCAUCAUAUUCGUGCGGCCUCUCCUCUAACUCUCGCUACUUCCUGGAAACGCUUUCCCGAUCCCAUCGAGCUGGUUACUCGAACAACGUCCACAGCGCGGAUUUUUUGGGUCACAGCGCUGAAGAUAGUGGAAACGCUUUCAGCCUUUUCUUGGAUGGACAUGAGGGCACCUCGUACAUGGAUGACCACUUUCACGCGGCUACCACGGUUGGCGCCGACGCGCCUACUCCUGUUGCAGUAAACGCGACUACUUCUAGUGGUGGAGAUGGUGCCGAUGGUGCCACUUUUCUGGAUGUUGGUCGUCGGGGAACGAAUGACGGCGCGGCGAUAGAAGGUAGCUCACAGAAGGACGCAGCGCAGAUAGCUCACAGGAAAAUGCGUCUAGUAUAUAAAAAAGAGUGCAACGAAUAUCUAAGAAGCAAGAGUGUGAAAUGCUGCGAGGCUCAGUCGUGUAGCUUUUUUCUCCAAGCUGAGGGGAGUGUGAAGAAAAGGGUGCGGCAGAGUCGUGGCGCGCUUCAUCGUGCGCCACCUGAGUUGCCGCCCGUAGUUUUAGUAAGUAAGAGCGGCCACUUUGGGGAAACAGAUCCCAGAGAGGCUGCUGCUGUCGAUCUGCAGAGCGGGCAGGCGCAUCAGUAUGUUUUUCACAAAUACACCCAUGGCCUGAGUCUGGCUCGGGUGAAAGCUGGUAGUGAUACUUUAGAGGGAGGCACUGGCGAAGGGGUCGUAGAUAUACAACAGUCGAGUUUGCUUGCUGUUGAAGGUCGUGAACAUCUGACGCGGCUUCUUGAAAAGGCUGCGAAGCAAGAUGAGAAAGCUCGGAGGGAUGAGGAAGAGAAACAGACGGGGAAAAGCGCAGCACCCGAAACCGGAAGCGGGAAAGCAGGCCGCAAGCAGGGGCAGCUGCAGCCGCUUCAGGCGGCAGAAAGAGAACCCGCGCCAAGCUUUGAACUGCGACUCCUUGAAAAAAAGCGGAGCGAGGUAACGGUGCCUGAGGAAGAACAAAAAGGCGCUGGCGCAGUGGUUGAGUUCCCUGUUUAUGCCUGGGAGGUGUGUGCCCUCCCCGUCUGCGGGGCUAGUGCGAAAGGAGGGGGAAGGAGAGCAGGGCAAAACGGAGGGACAGUGGCGGUGUCUAGCUUUUCGGGUAGUGGGGAAUGGCAUUGCGGGUCUUCUCCAGUUUCUAACUUUUUCGCUUUGUGGGGCCAAGAUAAUGAGCAAGCGGCAGAUAUUGUAAAUCAUUUGCAACGCCAGCAUCCACAUGCAGCUAAACAAUUCGCGAAGAACAUUGCAACAGUGUUUCUUCAGGAGGGAGGGCACAUACGCAUAGGGGAUAGCUCCUUGGGAUGGUCGUGGCUCCCCAUACCUGAGAAAAUCGCAGAGCAUCCACCACUAGUGCUUAACUGGGUGAAAGGGGAACCAAGUGAUCAGUCAGUCAGUGGAAGUGCGAGCACUCUAGUUCCCGCCAAUUUUGAUUUUAUCAACUCUUUAAAUAUGGAUGAGCUGCAGGCCCUUUCGAGCGGUAGGGGGGUACAUGACUACAAUGCUCAGCUACACUCAAAGCCGAGCGACAGGGAUAGUGAUAGGGAUGGUGAUAGGGAUGGUGAUAGGGAUGGUGAUAGGGAUAGUGAUAGUGAUAGUGAUAGUGAUAGGGAUAGGAAUAGGAAUAGGGAUAGCGAUAGGGCUAGCAGAGUGAUAUCAGGCCUAGAGUUUGAGUUUAGGGGGGUCGCAGUGGGCGAGGGGCAGCAGGUUUCUAGUGGUCCAGAAUCACCUGGGGACAAUUUGAGCUACCUGGUUUUCGCAUUGCGUCACGUCCGCCGUAUGAGUGAGAGUGUUAAAGUUGAUCCUUCACACAUGAGUCCAACAGGGACCGCUGCCGGGUCUUCUGCUCCUCAAGAUAGCUUGGGGCUGCGUCUUGAUGGCUUAGGUGGGAGAUUUCUUGUUUAUCCAUAUUUCCAGAGUUUUCAGGGAUGCACAAGAAAGCACCCAGCCCCAAAAACGCAUAAGCGCUACCGCUUUGCUUACGCUGAUGAGGCAGCGAGCCUUGUCAGGUUAAUGAAGAAGAGGACACCGCAGAAGUCGAAAACAGAGUGGAAUAGCGCGGCCAGAGCUUUCCUACCAUUGUGGCCCAAAGGCGAACAUAGAGCCGCGACCCUCGGCUUUGAGGUGCGCUCCCUCAAGGGGGAGCCACUGCUAGAAAGGACGGCGUGGCGCGUCACAUUGUCCAAUGGUGAUCGUAGGCAACUUCGCUUUUCUAAUGAUAGCGAGAAACAGAAAUUGUUUGAAUAUGUUGAAAAGAUUCGUUUCGCUGACAGGAUCGUGGUCGAGUUCCGUUUUGGUAUGUGGGCACUUUUCAACCCCUAACUUUUGCUGCUGUUGGGGCCAGUAAGUGAAUCUUGAGGAUGCCGGGGCGUAGUAUAUAGUUAUUACUGCUUGGCAAGCUGGGCGUGAUCAGAUCGAAGACGCGACUCGGGAAGAAGGAACGAAAACGAAACACCACGCCCACAGGCCAGCGAUGAGCAGCAACAAGCUGCGGCAUGAUGUAGCCCGGCUCGCUACCUCCGUACAAGCGGAAACGACGGACAGGCAACCCAGCCCAGAAGCCCCGCGCGCGAAUCUACUUAGCGGGCUUAACAAUCAAGCACCGACCAUCCACGGCCAGCCCUUGCCACUUUGUGAGCGGCUUCCGGUGCUGCUGUCGAAGAGUGGCCACCUGCCAAAAAGGCACCACGUUCGGCAGUAGCAAUGGCCAAAAGCCGAAAGGUAGGCGCAGAAGAUGAAACCACUAGAAGCAUAGAACGAAAACGACAGGGGCACAGAGUAGGCAUACAAUGAAGCCGACAGAAGUACAAGAAAGCCCGACAGAAGCAAGUGCAGGACAGCACAAGAAUAAGACGCCAGACCUUGACACCAACACGGCGGCCGGUGCCUUGACUUGGCGACGGCAUCCGCUGAGGCAGACGCUUCGACACUGGCAGCACGCAGCGCCGGCACUGCAUCCGCCCGCCUUUGCUUUAAGUCUGGCAGCGUGGGGGGGUGCCGGAUGCCCUCGGGCAGGCUUUGCAGGUCUGCGCGCAGUGGGUCUUUGUGUCAGGCGGACGCGCGCCCGGCCAGCAUUCAGGUAAAAAUCUGGCUAAACAGGUCGGCCAUUCGGGAUCGCGGAGCGCAUGCCAGCCUUGGGCCGUUGUGUGUCUGUUUCGUUCCUGGGGUUUUUCUGCCUUUCUCUUGUUGUUUUGUUGGUAUAUUUGCGAGCGGUGAGGGAGGUGCUUCUCCUUCUGGGUGUGGCUCUUUUCUGGUACUCUAAAGAGGGGUCGCCGAUCCUGAAAUCUGCGGCAGCGGACCAAAAAAGACGACCGAGAAAGUUUGGCUUUUUCGGUCGUUUUUUUCGAUCGGUUCCGGCUCUGGAUGCUUUGGGCGAGUGGCUCGGCUCGGGGGUGCGUGUCUUAGGGGUCUCGGUUGAAGGGGGUGCACUGCUGAAGGCGGUUAGGGUGACGAUGGGCCGUCGGUCUUCGGGUGUGGUGCUCCUGGUCUCUCGGGCGUUUUCGUGCUGCUUUUCAGUGGGUUGGGCUUGCUUGUGUUUGUCUUCUGUUACUUGGUCGCCUUGCCCCGCCCCCUGGGGAGGAGGGGCCGGGGGCAUUUGGAAGGGCCUCUGCCGUUGGGUGCCCACACUGAGCCACGGCCGCGGGGCUUGACGAUUGGCGCAACAGCUCGCGCGGAAGUGCUGGGCCUCGCACUCGAAGGGAUGGGGGGACUUGGUAGGGGUCGUGUCUGGGCUUGGGGGAUGGGGUCCCGGGUCUCGGUCAACGGUUAUAAAACGGCUAAAAUUUUCCCAACCUUUCAAGGGUUGGAAAAAAUGACUUAAAAAAACGGCUAAAAACAGGCUAAGACCUUUGGUCUCUUUCUCGUGUGAUUUCGGCUCGGGAUCGUUCGUUUUUACUUUUGGGGUCGGUUUAGAGCACUCCCGCCGAGUUUUGGAAGGACGUGCCGCCGACUUUUUUAACCGUUCCCAAGAUUGGCGCCAUUUAACGCGUCAGCUUUGGCCUGAUUGUUAGCCGCGGACUUUAGCCGUUUUUUCAGCUGUCGCCUUCAGCUGGUUUCUUAACCGGUUCCCGCGGGGUCUUGGGACGCCUGCCCCCGGGCCGCGUAGCCGUGACGUAGACUGGAUCGCACCCGACGCAGCCGCCGCAUUCCGCUGGCAGGCCUCGCAGAAUUGCUUGGCGCUCGUGCAAGCUCCGCGGGGUUGGCCGGGUGGUGCGCCUGUGGACGUUGAGGCCCCGCGUCGAGCAGUGCUUACCCGGAGUAGGGCUGUAACGUCCACGCCAGUCAGGUUGUGCGGGUCGGGUCGCGUGGUUCUGGAGUGGGCGCCGGGGUCGCGGUUCGCUGGCCCCUCGAGGUGUGGCCUUAUAACGUCUGCGCCGGUGGGCCUCGCGGGCUGGUGUGGUGUCGGCUCUUUGUGUCGGGCUCUCCCUUUGGGUGUCUUGCUCGAAGUGUGUGGGGCCGCUUGCUGGAGGCCGGCCCAGGUGCAUGCGCUAGGUAGACUCGCGGGCGCCUGCUAUUGCAUUGUGGUGGCACGGGUUCGCGUGGUGGGGUCUUUCGUGGGUCUUUUGUGUCGGGUCGGUUGUUGCCCCCCGGCAGCCAGAUCAGCUGGCGCGGGUGUGUUGUGGUGUCUGCCGGUCGGGAUUUUCUCAAAAGCUGAAAACUUUGACCAAGUGAGGCCGCGGCGCCCAUGCCAGUGAGGUCGCGCGGGUGCGGCGGCUUGGCUCUGGUCUGGGCUCUGGGGUUGCAAUUCGUUCGCCGGUUGCUCGAAGUGUGGCCUUAACGUCCACGCCGGUGCAGCCUCGCGGCCGGGUUGGCGUGGUGUCGACUCUUUGCGCCUGACCUUUUUCCGACGCGUCUCGAAGGCUGGCCUUUUGCCUCAGAUCGGCUCCGGCGCAUACGCUUCGGCCUGGACUCGCGGGCGCCUGCUCGUGCAUGUUGGUGGUGGCUCGGGCUUGGCGUGGUCUUUCGUGGGUCUUUUGCGUGGGUUCGGCUGCUGGCUCCCCGGCAAUCAAAUCAGCUGACGCAGGCGCGCGGCGGUGCUUGUCGGUUGGGAUUUUCUCGAAUGCCGAAAAUUUUAGCCAAAUGCUGACUGGGUUCGUUGGUUGGGUGUGUGUCCGCCUGAAUGAGUAAAAAGCUGAAGUCUCGCCUGAUUUCUUUUUCUUUGCGCAAAAAAUGGAAAGUUUCUGAGUGCCUCCGUAUCUGCUGACAGGUGGGAAAUCAGGCGGGGGGCCCUCGCCUGAUUUCCCGCCUGGUUUCCCACCUCAGAAGCGCUGCGCCCUUGGAAACUAGUCGGGGCACCCCGUCCCGCCGGGUUUUCCACCUGGUUUCUCACUUGGUUUCUCACCUGAUGUCGGAAGCAGGGCGGAAGGGGGUGGGGGGUUUUUCUCUUUUUCAAAGAGCGGAAGAGGCUUGGGAACUUCGUAGAAGAUGGCGGGAGAUUAUUCCCCAGCAAAAGGAAGCUCGCGCGUAGACAGUGAAUGGCAGCUAGUUAGCUGGUGAGCCAAUAACAAAAGGGUGGGAGUUAAGUUAGUAAGCCUUUAAUUGGUAGCAGUGUCCACCGACUGAGACAUCGACCAACUGGCUACGCCACUAGGGUGAACACACUGAAACCACCACCACGCGCACGCAUGCCAGGGAAAUCAUUGCGGCCACUAUUACCGGCCCGCGGGUGAGAGAGGUGACGUGAUUACCACGGGGAUGCGGAUGCAGGUCAGGCGGUGCCUGCGACUAGGCUGGUGAUGGUGAUGACAUGAGGAGAACGAGCAGGGGGCUGGUGGCUUUGCUAGUGUUUGUGGCUGAUCUUGGUGGAACGUUGCGGGGGUCUCUAUGCAUGGGAGGGAUGAGGAAUGAGGCGGGGCGAGUUGAUUGAGACCAGAACCAUGGAUCGGGGCCGAACUGGAUCGGGGUCCUGUCCUCGUGCUGAUUCGUCGCAGAGCGGUGGCUGGCCUUUGUGGUCUUAUGCCUACACCCCCCCCAAAGCAAAGACCACCAAACGAAACACCACGCACCAAGUAACGCCGGCAAUUCUGCCAGCUUUUCGCCGUCUUGUGCACGAGGUCACAUGGCUGAAGGCGUUUGACAUUACUCAGGGCGUCCUUGUCGGCGGGUCUGCGCGGUUCGAGCCCGUUGGACAUUAGCGCGCGCUGGACAUUAGCGCAGGCACUCGACGUGGUCGCGGACUGCGUGACGCCGAAGGAAGACCGGCGCGCUUCGGUCUUUUCGCAGUAGCUUCUGACUCACUGAGACCGAGGGCAGACCGGCCGCCCACGAAAACAAGCGGAACGAACGCCGCCGGAGCUUUUUGUCUCUGGAAACCAAUCAAGAAAGCAGCCGUGGGCUGUGCGCAGCUUGAUGCUGUCGAUCACUGCGACACGCUCCGCCUCGCGUGUGCUAUGUGCUCUGGCGGUUUCUGUUGGUUUGACCGACCACGCCGCGGGAACUCCGCGAAAGUCUAGGAUGCUGCCGCUCGUUGGGUUCGGGGUGUCCGUGCAACCAGCGCAGUCAGAAUCGCUGGACGCUGCUGACUUACUUCCUUCGUUACCAGCUUCAGACGCUAGCUAUGUCGCUGUGGGCUUUUUUCUAAAACCAGCGGCUUCGACCGCGGGGGGGGUAUUAUUAUUGGCUUGUGCCUUUUGUGCCUUUCAAGUAUUGCGGACGGAGCAUGCCUGUCGCGCUCCUUCGUGUUUUCUGUUGGGUUUGCUACUUCUUCACGCGCCACGCGUUGUGCUGUGAAUAUUUUGCCCACUCUACCGAGGCUAUACGCGUCAAGCCUCCGACAAGACUACGCAGCGGGAAGCUGCCAGCCGUUGGGGUGUCCGUUUCUGGACUGUAGAACACGGGCGAGGGCACAGCCUGACGCUCGGCCAUGUUGAAGCCUCGCGAUAGACGAUCGACGGCGUCACGCGUGUGAAUUUCUCGCCACCGCCGGGCCGCGUUGUACUUUAAUACUAUGCCCAGCGUGUCUCAGACUGUAGUGCCGUCGCCAUGACUUUCGGGGCUAAUCAUUUUACCGGGGUUAGGUAGCUGGCGGGAGUCUUCUUUGCCCAUCUCGCUUCUCACUAUUUCAACAGACGCGCCGCCCCCACCAAUCUGACUGCGCUGCCAUGCAUCGGCGUAGGCGCUUGAUGUGAGGGCAUUACCUUGGGCGCCUUUUCGAAGUGGGCUGGGUGCAGUUCACGGGGACACGCCUCAUCUCCUCGCCAGGUUCUUUUCGGCGCUUUCGAUAACAAUCGGACCACCUGGGGGGUGUGAUUCGAAGUCCAUACAGGUGCAAAGACUUCGCCAGCCUUCCAGAGUCUCUGUCUGGGCGGUCACUCCACUGCGUACCUGAGGGAGGCGCGGCGUUGCUCCCUCGCCAUUUGGUGGAGCGUUUUCGACGCCGUGGGGUGCCCACACUAUGCCGCGACAGCGAGCGUGGCGCGACGACUGUCGCAGCGGCUAGCGUGGCGGUGCCUGGCUUCGAGUUCGAAUGAGUGCGGAGCCGUGUAGGAGGGGGGCGCGGGUUGUGGGGGGUACGUAGGGUUUGGGCUGGUUACUUUUCUCAGAUGACGGCUGAAAAUGUGUCGAAAAUUUUUUGGUUUUUUUCUGUCUAAAAAAACGGGGAAAAGCGGCUAAGGGUUGGCGCUUUUUCUCGUGUGAUUUCGCCUGGGGGUCGCUUGUUUCCGUUUUUGGUGUCGGUUUGUGGCGUGUUUUUCCAGGUUUGGAGGAAAGCUUGGAGGAGCGCGCCGCUGACUUUUUUAGCCGUGUCGAAAAUUGGCGGCUUUUUCGCCGUUUAUCUCAGGGAGGUUCAACUUUAGACAUUUUUUUUAGUCGGCAUUUUUUGGCUGGUUGUUAGCCGACUCUUGCGGGGUCUUCGAAGCCUUCGGUCCGGGCAACCGCGUCGCAGGCUUGAGCGCACUCAGAGCAUCCAGGUAUAUUCCGCGGGCAGGCCUCGGAGUGCGGCUGGGUGCUCCGAGCUCCGGGAGGUUGGCUGGCUGGGGCGCAUGUGGACGCUGAGGCCCCGCAUCGGGCAACGCCUGCUCGGAGAAGUGGCGUCGUUAUGACCACGCCAGUGAGGCUGAGGCCGCGCGGGCCGGGCCGCGUGGUUCUGGGGUGGACGUUAGCGCCACAGGCUGAGCAUUGGUUGCUCGAAGUGUGGCCUUAGCGUCCACUUCGGCGCAGCCUCGCGGGCUGGCAUGGUGUCGGCGCUUAGCGUCUGGCGCUCCUCCGAGGCGUCUCGUACUCGAAGUAUGGCCGUUUGUCUGAGGUCGGCCCAGGUGUAUGCGCUUCGGCCUGGACUUACGGGCGCUUGCUCAUGCAUGUUGGUGGUUACUGCGGGCUGGGGUGGUCUUUCGAGGGUCUUUUGCGUGGGUUCUGCUGCUGGCUUCCUUGCAUCCGGAUCAGCUGGCGCAGGCGUGUGGCGGUGUGUUGGGCUCGGGGAUUUCUCAAACCCGAAAACUUUAGCCAAAUUUUAACCGGGCCUGUUGCCUGGGUGUGUGUCCGCCUGAAGGAGAGGCGGCGGACGCUGGUCCGGCUCCCAUCUGCGGGGCUGAGUAGGGGCAGCCGCAGGGAUGGGAUGGCAUCCCGCCCCGCCCGGUCGGUGGGCAGGUGACACACGGCGCACCGUCGAAACUUGGCAAGAAAAACAAAGUCGCGGGCCCCUUUUCUGUAUCUCUCGCGGGCUCCUCCUCUUGGCAAUGCUUUCAGGCAUUAGCCUGGCCCCCCUCGAAAUGUGUGCGAAAAUAACCGAAGCGAGUGCCCCUGUCGUGUAUGCUAUAGGACUCCCCGUCGCGGUGUUUCGCUUGAGAGGAAAGCAGGACAAGGCCCCACGCGUACUCUUUUCGCAAGCGAUAGGGCUGCGGCGGGGGGUCCGGUACACGGUUCGGUAGAGAGGUCAACUCAAUUCAAGGGGUCACCUAGCGCGGAAGCCUCGGGGCGCCGGAUGAUCAGAGGCCCUACACUGGGCAAGAUUUACACGAAAGAGCCCAAGAGCAAAGAACCAGGGGCGGAGUACUUCGAAGCCGUCUGAUUACGACGAAAGGCGGGAUCCGUAGACAAGUGGGCCCUGGGUGGAGAAUAUACAAACAAGGACGGCAAAGGCCUGGACAAUGUUCAGCCGCUCUGGACAUGGUAAGAGAGACUCUGGAGAACACUCGCCGGCCAUGGAGAUCCUGAUAGGAAAACUUUCCCGCAGUUGCGAGCGAAGUAGAACCUCGGGCGCGUUGAAAAUCCCCGCGCCCCUCCAGAAUCUCACAGCACGCACUUCCCACUUUUUCACCGCCUUGGACUGGAGGGGCGCGGGGAAACACACGAAAGAAAGGCAAAACACACAAAAACCAACAGGGACCAAGCGACGGGAAUCGUUGAGCGGAGCACUUCCGCGACUAGGGGGGGGCAGUGUGGCUGGUCGCUUUUGUGCAUUGUUUAGCACACUUAGCGUCUUGGCAUGGUUCCAACAGUAGCACUUCGAUAAGGUUGAAAAGUGGCCCCAUACAGUUUUGUUUCUGUCCGGGAUUCGCCCAAGGGCGAUGGGAGAGGGCCGCCGGCCAGGGGGCCUCUUUCGAUUUUCGAGUUGCAUCACAUUUCUGAGGAGGUAGAUAAAAUAGACCCAAAAACGAGCGUUGUGUAUUCCGCCAGACUGACCGGGGGGACCACUCAGCAGGACUUGUCGGGUAUGCAGUAUCUUCUUGGUGUUUAUGAGGAAGACGAAGAGUGCAAGGGAGGGGCGAGCCGUCAAUGCGAGUGCAUAUUUUUUGUUCAAAGCGAGAGCGAGCUAAGCAGUCUUGGGGAUGAGACCAGCACCAAGAGUGGGAGGGCUUCGGUAUGGUCUACUGCUGCUGGCUUUAGUAGAAUUAAAAACGCAGCUGUAGGCGCUGUAGCUGCAGCUCGUACCACUCUUAGAAGCAGGAAGGCGCCUGACGCCGUGCCAAAUCAGGGUGAAUAAGAUAUCAGGUCACUUUUGAUAUAAGUAGGUGGAACAGGGAGAGUCGGCUGGUUCAACCCCUUGCACCACACUCUUGAUAAUUACUUGUACUUUGGCACCUGCUACGCGGGCAGACUUCGUCGAGGUCGGGCUUAGUCCGGUCGCCAAGGCCGACUCAGUGCUUACCCUGGGCUGCCUGUAGUAGGGGUGCUACGUGCUUGUGAAUUGGCAUUGAGUUUUUUUUCUUUUUGUAAAUUUUGUUGUUGGUGGUGAAGAUAGUGUGACGAACAUGUGUAGCGGUCGUUAGCUACGACGAUCGUUGAUUCAGAGGUUGCGGACAUGUUUUCUCUACCAUCUUGUCGUUUAUGACAGGAGAAAGAGGAGCAUCCAUCUUAUUGUUCAGUCGGCAUCUCCAUACUCUUCGACGCAACCUCUGCAUUCAACAGGCGAGCAUGCGUCUCAUUCUCUCCGAGGAUUUGGCGUAUGUGUGACUCGGAAUAAACUCUAAAUGUGGGUGCCGAUUCUUCUAGGAUUAUAUGACACUCAGGUGGGCUGAUGUAAGAGGAGGGAAAGUUUGCCUAUGCCAUCUUCUUUUCAUGAGAAUCAACCUGAACAUGGUAAGGAAUAUUAUAGAACAAUUUUGACACAAACACAAAGUACCGGAGGUGAAUGUUGAAAAUGAAUGCGUCUAGUUUGCUGUAGCAUUUAUUUUCGUGACACUUUUUUCAAACGUCUUCAUCAGCAUAGCAAUCUUCAGAUCUCAUUUUUCUUCCAGGAAGUAAGUAGGUUGAAAUUUCGCGUCGCGACAUUGUAUGUAGUCGUGUUGCAGUAAGCGUACUAUCAGGACCUCCAAGGACGCCGUUUCGUCAGGUAGAAUGAAGUGCGAAUGCGAUGUAGUGGAUGUAAGUAUGUAAAUUCCAGCAAGAACUGACUGAGUGGACAACUGAUUGAAAAGAAAUCAUCCUGGCUCCAACGACAAUACAAUUAGAGGCAUUCUGUUAAGGAAAUGCUGCUGCUCCCCGUUUCUUGAGGCGACGCGUCGUUUCGUUUUAUUGCCGCCAACUCCAAAAUGCUUGUUGAACCCGUAUUGAGUUUCAAAUUGAAUAAAUGUGCAACCAAUAUAACGGUCGUGCGCAAUCCCGUGACUCGCUAAAAAAUUUUCGCUAAAGACAUGACCUGAAUGUGCAUCAUACUAGGCCAUAGCGUAGGCUGUAUAGGGGGAAGCGAAGUAAACCGAAUUGAGAACCGUCCAUUAUUUAUGCGUCUACUGUCUCUGUUCAGGAGUAGGUGAGUGCGGACUACGUGGCUCAGCUUCGUAGCACGUGACUGUGUGUAGCACGUGGCUGUGUGACUUUAGUCUUCUGAAGCGUGAUACAGCGGAGUAUCAGGAAGGAUGUUAAGGGCCAAUUGGGUCUUGAUGACUCGCGUGUCUCUUGACUUCCUGAUCGACUCACGAAUCGCACUGCUCCUUGCCUCCUGUUUCGUAUUCUUGUCUCGCGGUCUGCCGGUGCAGGAGUGAGUCCAUCAUCAUCUAAUCACGAUUAUGCUGAGUGCCACUGCUAAGUCUUACCUCAACUUCUCACUUACUAAGGGUUCAGUUGUGCGGGGGUCGGGUUAACGUUGAUGAGGCUCCGAGGGUGGUUCUAAGUUGGGUCGAUGUGUGUCCGGGAGGGUGUCGGGAGGUAGGUUGAGUUUGGUCGAGGGAACGGGAGGGGGCUAUGGGGGCUGUCUACGGUGGGACGAGGAGGGCUCGGUCGAGUCGGGUCUAGGAGAUAUUGGUCGGGGUCGCGGUGGUUUGUUGUAACGGAAUUCGUGUAAGUUUGAGGAUUCCCAUCAACUCACGGCUGCUGGACUGUUUAUUGUAGCGUGUAAUGACAAAUAGGUAACUGGUGGACGGCCCCUAUGGUGCUGGUGGUUGUUGGUGACCAUGCAUGAGCGAGUAUGAAUCUGAACGUACAACUCUUCGAGAAAAGCGCGCGGUAUUGUCGUCUAGUACCUCUAACUGGUCUCUUCUUGAGGGUUCCCACGAGCACGUAGAAGGGAACAGCUGCAAGCACAUGGCACAACAGAGAUGGACUCCUUCUAGAAGUAGCUCUAACUCCCUUGCUUUUUAACAGUCGUCACAUCGUUUUCAGAUAGAAAAGGGAACUCGAAUAACCAAUGACGCGCAACGAGCUCACCUCCAUCCCUUCAGCAACGAGAUGCGAGAGACAAUAACAAGGAAUGACGCGGCACUCACAGGAUGACUUAAUGCGUUUUUAUUUACUUCCCCCUCUUUCCUAUCAAGUAGGCAUAUUUUUAGCUCAAUUUAUUACGACUUGCACAGGCCUGGAGAGUUUGAAGAGUAUCAAGAAAAUUGAAACUGUUGACGUCACUACUUAUCUAUGCAAAAUGAACACAUGCCAUCUUUUGGUCUAUCUUUUUGUCUAUCCUUUUGUGUCUGCUGCACUAGGAUCCAUCAUUUUCAGGUUGAAGGGAUAGUAUUAAAAAAUCUACUGAUUUCUGAACCUUUCUACAAGACACUCAUAGUAGCCGACGCUGAUGGUAAUUUGCGAUGGUGUGGAGCCGGUUUUACGCCCGUUUUACUAUGGUUUGGGAGUGCUCUUGAAUUUCUUGAAAAGAAGUUCAGGUUAUUUUAAGAGAUGAAAAGCUGUUGAGAAGAAGAACAAAAGCAAAGGAGCAGUCGCUCGGCACGAUGAGAAAAGUAGACUCAGGCUGCAGCUGAGUCGUUUCGUUAUGAAUUGACUGCUGAGAGCGUUACUGAAGGAAAGUCGUGUUUCUAUUCCCUUUCGGAUGUGUCUAUUUAAUGCUUAUCAGAUUUCUGGUCUGUAUUCAGGGGCAGAAAAAGUGGGCCGGCCCCUAGUUUAGUAUCGGGCCACAGUGUUCUUUGGGAUGCGCAGCACGUGGGUUAUCGACGACGGUGCCGCAGUUGCAUUUGCUACAAGUCUCACAGUAUUGGUCUAGCCAAGCAGAUGGGAAGGUGGAACAGAUGGUAGCGUCCUGCAUUAGUCAGUCUAAUACAAAAUGGUAGGGACUACUGGCGGCUGUUUUGGACAGGCAGGUGGUUGUAGAAGAUUUUGCGGUGGGUGGGUGAGGAGGUGGCGACGGAAUGGGCAGACGGUGAAGGACUCAAUCUCAAUUGGGCUUGCGCAUAGAUCAGUGUAAUUGCGCACGCAUAUGCUAGAUUAUUAACCAUUGGCUCGGAUUCUCAUGCGAAUUAACAUUGGGCAUUGUUUCAUUCUUCAUUUGGCUCUGUUUCCAUCAUCAUUCUCAGUGCGUCAAAUACACGCUCACUCAGAUUCUGAAGUGAAAAAAAGGAAAUAUGAAUCGAUCAGAAAGACGUGUCCGUAAGUGUUUCGAAUUUCAACGCUUUAAGAGCAGCACUGGUUCUCUUAUCCAGGUGUUGUUAUUGAGGUGGUUUGCUGGUAUUCUGCUCCUGAAGGACACAAAGACAUGGCG